AAACUUUAUUGACUCGAAUAAUGACUUAGACUGUUUUACCAAAUUCAAACUUGCUAUUGGAUUCUUAAGUGACAAUGACAAGACGGUUAUAAGCUUUCCCCAAAAGAUUUAGAUAUCGAUGCAGUUGUAAUAAAAAAAUAAAAGACCGCCAUUGACAAAACUUAGGAAAAUAUUUCCAGCAAGCUGUGCAUUUGAAAUUUCAACAAUUUAUGUUAAAUAUCUGCUUUAAUGGAAUGUUGUCAAGAUUCUGAAAGUUGUUUUAAUUGCAAGUAACGUCAAAUUUAAUUGUAUGUAGGUCUGAAAUCUGAAACAUGAGCCUGUUCGCUUUGAUAGCUAAGUCAUAUUUACCUAUGGAAUAAACGACAAAGUGUCAUUUGAUCAAGAGUUAGCCAUGACUAUUAUGACAUUAAACAAUUAUUCGUCACUCCAGGGGUCAGAUGACGCAAAGCACGAUGGUUGUGAAAAGCCGCAACAGGUCAUGUACGAAAGUGUGUUUGGAAUUUCUCUCGCAAUGCCACAAUGGGAAGCGAUAGGAACUGCUGUUAUAUUGUCACUCAUAAUUGUGAUCACCAUUGUGGGAAACAUUCUCGUAAUCCUGUCAGUGUUUACAUACAAACCCUUAAGAAUUGUUCAGAACUUUUUCAUCGUGUCACUUGCUGUCGCUGAUUUAACUGUUGCAAUUUUGGUUCUGCCAUUUAAUGUCGCCUAUUCAAUAAGGGGACGUUGGGAUUUCGGCAUUCAUACGUGUAAAAUGUGGUUGACAAGUGAUGUUUUAUGCUGCACAGCAUCGAUAUUAAAUUUAUGUGCCAUUGCUUUGGACAGAUAUUGGGCAAUAACAGAUCCAAUAAACUACGCUCAAAAACGAACAGUGGAACGUGUGUUGAUUCUCAUAUUAGGUGUUUGGGUGUUGUCUCUGGUUAUUAGUUCACCACCUUUAAUAGGUUGGAAUGAUUGGCCAGAUCACUUUGAUCCCGACACACCAUGUCAGCUAACUUCAAAUCAAGGCUACGUUAUAUAUUCAAGUCUAGGAUCUUUUUUUAUUCCACUUAUCAUCAUGACUAUUGUAUACAUCGAGAUAUAUGUUGCAACACGUAGAAGAUUAAGAGAACGCGCAAAGGCAUCUAAAAUCAAUGCAAUGACUUUAAAAAGUGCUACGACUAUUCAAGUUGUUGAUCCAACCACAAAUAAUUCUGGUUCUGGUGAACGCGAACGUGAAUCAAUAAGUAGUGAGCUCAAUCACAACGACCUACCGGGAGCUUCCGAUGGAAGCCUUACUUCGAAAGACAUUAAGCGGAAGAAAAAGAAAGAUAAAAAGAAAAUGACAAAAGAUUCUAUCAAGGAUCUCAAAGACAAACAGAACAUUCAUUUACCCAUUUCCGAUGAGAAUUCUGUUACUGAUGUUCACGAGCAUGAGCAUGAGCAUAACAACAAGAAAGAAAACGAUACCGAAAUAGAAAAUUCUGUGAUUGAUAUAGAUAAAAAUAAAAUUAAGUUAAAAAAAAAUCCUAAUAAUAAUAACAAUAGUUUAGCGUGCAACAAAAAAUGCGGCGCUGUGUAUCAGUUUAUAGAAGAAAAACAGAAAAUAUCUUUAAGUAAAGAAAGACGAGCGGCUCGAACGCUAGGAAUUAUUAUGGGUGAGUUAUUGUUAUAA